AUCGCCGGUCAAGGAAGGUGAAACAGACAAAUUAACUUAAAAAAUAAAAAUAAAAAAUAAAAGAACUUUGCUUGUGAAAAUAGUGGAAAUCAGCUGAAAACUUUUGCCCGUAAGAUCUAGGCCGGUAGACGUAGAUGUGUUUUUGCUGAGUCGAGAUACAGUCACUCGGUUUCUGUACGGUUCUAAUUUUUUAGUUCGUAAUUCGCAGCCCAAGCGUCGAAAGUCGAAACUCGACACUCCAAAAACUGAAAGCACUUUAUUUUUUUUUUUUUGCGGAAUUACCACAGCGAUAAAUUUAAAGAUCGCCUUGUCUUUAAACUUGAGAGUCAACAAAAGGGUCAACGAUGUCCGAUUGGGAGACGGUGACUACGGACAGGCGAAGGCAAAAAGCUCCGGCUAUUAAGAAAACACAGGUUGUUAAUAAUGCAAGAAGGGAAGGAGUACCAAUCACUACUCAACAAAAAUGGGGCGGUGGACAAAACAAGCAGCAUUUCCCGGUUAAAAAUACCGCCAAGCUGGAUCAAGAGACUGAAGAAUUGAAACACAAAACUAUUCCGCUGAGUCUUGGAAAGCUUAUACAAAAGGAGAGAAUGGCAAAGGGUUGGUCUCAGAAAGAAUUCGCCACUAAAUGUAACGAGAAACCACAAGUUGUUAACGAUUACGAGGCUGGGCGUGGGAUCCCGAAUCAGGCCAUUAUUGGAAAAAUGGAACGAGUUCUUGGAAUUAAGCUCCGAGGGAAAAAAGGAAGCACAGGCCAGUCCAUCAACCCUCAAGUGCCCCCAGGGAAAAAGUGAUAAUCCCCGGGGGCAGAUUUGCUCUCCUCCUUCCCUUUACACCUCUCUAACCAUCCUUAUUUUGACAUACGAGUAAAGCCGUUAUACAAACCACAUAAUAAUUGGUUCAAUAAGCAAAUAAAAUUUGUGUAAGAUUGCAUUGCAAAACUAACCCAUGCAUAAGGGGGUGCUUUCCUUUAAUUUUUUUUUUAAAUUGUUAAGUUUAAUUGAGUUUUUAAAACAAGUAAUAAUUAAAUACUGUGUUAAAAACCAUAAAUAAUUUCUUAGUUUGUUUACUUCUAGUAUUGAGAGUCAUUCACCUUACAUAUGUGCAUAAGAAAAAUGUUAAAACUGAAAAUGAUUUUUACUAUGUUAGGAAAUAAAAAAAACAUAAAAAUAA